AUCACGUCUAGCCAGUAGCUAAUGAUCUAAUGAAAAGAUAGCAUUGUCUUUAUCAAGUUUAUUUAAAUUCAAUUGAUUUUAUAACGAAACAUUUUGAAAAUGUUGCUUAGGACUUUGUGUAUUUUGAGGGCAAGACAGACAGUACUAAAUAUUUCCUUUAAAGCCAGUUCUGAUCGUGCUAUCGGUAGUUACAGGCAAUUAGUUCCUCAGGUUAGAGUGUUGAUAGGAGGCAAUGACAAUAUCAAAGUGAAAAAAUGUCAAUUUCAUACGACACAACGACUUCAUAUUCCACCUGGACUUGCAUUACUUAUUCGUCCUCUUACGAGAGUUGGAGCUUUCUUGUUUGGGAGGUACUUCAAGAGGUGGUGGGCAAAAAAAACUCCAGAGGAGAAGGAGGUCUUUAAAAAAUGGUUUAGCGUAAGGAGGCAAAAAAUCUACGGAGCCUUGGGUGUCGUUCUAGCAGGUCUUUUCUUCUUCUACUUGACCCACAUGGAGAAAGAUCCCUUGACCGGUAGAUAUCGUUUUAUAAUCCUCACCAAAGAGCAGCAAAAAGUCUUAGGAAAACUGACCUUCGACGUUCACCUGGAGAUGCACCAGGACUCAAUCGUUCCAUCUGAUAAUCCUGCAUACGUCAGACUCGUGAGGAUCACGGAUCGUCUAAUUAAAGCCAAUCAAGAUCUGCCACAAGUGACAGACAGACAUUGGACAUUAUCAGUAGUCGCUUCAGACGCAAAAAAUGCAUAUGUAUUACCCGGUGGCAAUAUUUUUGUAUUUCUCGGCGCUCUUAAAAUUACCGAGAAUGACGAUCAAUUAGCUAUAAUAUUGGCACAUGAAAUGGGGCAUGUGCUGUUACAGCAUCCCAUUGAACAAAUAUCGAGGAACGUUCUAUUGGACAUUUUGUUGGCAGCACCAAUCGCUAUUAUAUGGGCGACAUUUCCCGAUCUACUUGCACUUCUUAUUCAAGCACUGGGCGUCAAUCUUGUAGAUGUUCUCGUCACGUUACCUCACAGCAGACAGGCGGAGAUAGAGGCUGACGAUUUGGGAAUUAGAUUGGCUGCGAGGGCUUGCUUCGAUGUCCGCGAGGCUGUUGUCUUCUGGAAAAUUAUGCAAUUGCUGACGGAUUUCAAGGUAGAGCCGAAGGAUAUUCCAUGGUUAUCCACCCAUCCUAAUCAUGAGGAACGAGAAAAACAUUUGAGUGCCAAAAUGAAGGAAGCAUUGCUAAUAAGAACGCAAUCCGGGUGUCCAAAGUUGAGUCGAUACGAUCCUAUUGAAUCAUUCAACUCUCGAUCAACGAAGCAACAUGCGAGUCAUCUGAAGGCCAAGGGGAUCUUGUGAUAAUAUUUAGGGAAAGCAUUAAUCCAUUAAUUGUUGAACUCCUGUUUGAACUUUCAAGUGCCUUUUAUAAUUUAUUUCAUAGCAUACUGUCAUAAAUAUUUUGUUUUAUCUCCGUUUUAUUAAAUUCCAUGCUCUAAAUCAGUCGUAGUGGGGAGUAUAUUUAAUUUACAUUAUUUUGAUUGAUAUUGUUGAAGAAAUAAAAUGAUUUUUAGAUAA